AUGAGGUCUGCACCCCUCUACAGCGCCUUCGCUGCGCUCGCCAAAGCCCAAGACCUCGUCUGGCAAGUCAUCGACGAUGCUCCUCCCCCGCCCAACGCCACCGUCCCCAUCGGCGCCGCCGCGGAGACCAUCGUGCCCUACGACGCCAACGCCGCCGCUGCCAGCAUUGUCGCCGAGGUCAUGGCCAGCCCACUCCCGCAGGCAACCACCCCCGUAGCCAACAAGCGGAGUCUCGCCGUGCGCGGGGCGUGCGACCCGCAGCCCACCGGCGCCGGCCCCGUCCCGAGCCCCGACACCGCGGCGGCCUUCCUGAGCUCCGCGGACCUCGCGGCGGCGGCUAAAAACGCGCCCACGCCGGCCGGCUACUUCAACACCUUCAAGAAUCUGCAGGCCUCCAGCAGUGCGUACGGAUACAUGGGCUACACCACGCUCGACAGCUACGACACCAAGGCGUGCGCGGCCAAGUGCGAUGCCAUCAACGGCUGCGUUGCUUUCAACAUCUACUUUGAGCGCGAUCCCACUGUCGAACCCGCCGACAGCUGCCCCAACCCCGCGAGCACCAACGUCAUCAAGUGCGUCUUCUGGGGCGGGCCCGUCUACGAGAGCUACACCACCAACCGCGGCCAGUGGCGCGCCCAGUUCGAGGUCGUCAUUGCGGGUUCCAACGGUUACGUCGCCCAGCGCGCCGACAACCAGGCCGGGUACGCCCCUGCGGCCUACCUCGGCGACGCCAGCAUCAACGCGCCCCUCGACUGCGCUGGCUACAACACCUUCAUGGGCUCCAAGAUCUUCACCAACGGCCCCUUCGACCCGAAGCUCUGCGCGGCAGCCUGCACGGCGCAGUCCGAGUACAAUCUCCGCCACCCGCCCAAGAACGCGCCCGCCCAGACAUGUCAGUUCUUCAACACCUUCUUCGUCCUGAAGAACGGGGUGCCGGAGGGACAGUACUGCUCUCUGUACUCCAAAUCCUGGGACGCCAGCUACGCCACCAACAACGGCCAAUACCGCGGCAGCGACCACUACACCAUCUCCUACAGCUUCUCCUACACCAACUCCACAAACGCAGGCAAGCCGCGCAUUCCUUGCCCCGUCGCGUCUGCCAGCUCCGCCAUCGUCGCCUCCACCCUGCAGCCGUACUGCUCAUCGCUCCUCGGCUACACAACCCCGACAACCACCGCGACGGCGACGCUUUACGCCACCGUCCCGUCCGCAACCAACAUCGCGACUGUCACGCCAGUGGCGACGGCGUACAGCACCACGACGCAGCUUGUGGCUGUCACGAAGCAGCUCAAACGCGCUCUGCCGCCUCGUCCGACGACCAGCUGCCUCCACGACGACCUCACCCCGCUCGACCACUCAAGCAAGAUCCGCCGCGGCCUCUGGGCAAGAGACGACCAGCUUGUCAACGGGACCAAGGACGCGGAUGGCAACUUUGUGGAUGUUGUCAUUCUGCCUGAGGUUACUGCUGCGUCUAAGAGGAGGGCAAGGAGGGAUGCUACGCCGGCUGGGUUGGCUUCUUUCCCUGCUGACGUCGUCUCCUCCGCCUGCUCUCUUCUCGCAACUCCCGUGACCACAACCGCCACCGUCUCAGCGACGACAACUCAGACCCUCACCACAGGCGAAGCCUUCGCCACAACCACACUUGCCACCUCCACCCUCACCCUCAUCCAGACCGUCACCUCAACCACCACAAUCAACGUAGCGCCCAACGCGCCCACCGGCACAAUCGGCUACCUCGCCCUCUCCCCCGCCGUCAACGCCAACUCGGGGUACGUCCUCUCCGACAGCGCGACGCACAUGACGGACAACUUCUACCGCCAGGGCAGCCGCGAGACUUUCAUCGUGGCCGCCGACGGGAGCCUGUACUCUGUGACGCACAACGCGUACUACUACGUCUCAACGACUGGGUCGUCCACCCUCCUGUACUGGAGCAACAGCCAGAGCGCGGCGAUGAAGGUGUUCUCGUACACGGUGCUGAGCGACGGGCGCUCGAGGGUGCUGAUGAAUGUCGCUGGGGUGGACUAUUUGUUCUGUGUGCGUCCGGCGAGCACGGGUGACGGCAACUCGGGGUCGGGCAUGCAUGUUUACGCGUUCAAGGCUGCGACGACGCCGCCGAGCUCUUGCACUGCCAUUGAGUUGAUCAUCAACCCGGCGUGA